AUGCUUGAGCGUUUUCAAAGAACGAGCUCGUUCCUAACUUCUCUGACGCAGAUGAUUGGCACUCUAUCCAAGUCCUCAGAGGCAUACCACCUCGGCUUGGACCUUGACCAUAUCCGUCACCUCGGCCGCUGGAGUACGGUCCAGAUGAAGUCCUAUUAUGCUCCCAAGUUGCCUACGAUCGGAGCGUUCUGCAUGGCUCGUUUCAGGAAAGACGAACCAUACUUUAUUGAGCGCGAUCUAGUGACGCCGCCAUUACAGCUCCGGCGCCUUAUCUUUCCAUGGAUCGAGGAUACCUUUGUGAAUGACGAGGGUCUAUCGUGGAAGACGCCGUCCUGGAUCGAAGAGUGCGACAAGGAGAUGUUGGGAGCAGACCCAGAUCAUCAACUCUGGGGCACAAAAGAUAUUAAUCACAGCACACAAUGGCAUUCCGAUCCCGUACAUCUCUCUACUUCUUGCUCCUCGCCAUCCUCGCCCUCUUCGUCCUCGUGGACACUCACUCGCACGUCGAAGCCCUCCCGACCUGAAAGCGCGCCGCUCCGCAGGACAUCGCCUCUGCUCCUGCCUCGACAUCGUCAUCGUCGACAAAUCUCCACAACGGAACCGCCACCGCCCCACGAAAGAGCCCACGAAAUCAGCGUCAAGAAGAAAAAAGAACGCGGUGGUGAGGAGGAACCCGUUCUUGAUCCAGAACCUCGAAGGGGCGGGCAUGAUGCGACACAUUCGGAUUUGGUGCGAGCAUUGGGAGUCGUGUCUCAACCUGUCGUGGCGGAGAGACGGAAGAGAAGGCGCGAGGCCAAGGCGAGGAAGGUCUAG